CCAAACCUAAUCUUUCAAAUAAAUUCUCACAGUCGCUCAGUCAAUCUUAUCACAUCAUUCCCGCAAGUCGCUUUGCGUAUCAAUAUCAACAAUGAAACGAACAUUCAUACAGUACGAGCCUACGAUUUGUUAUAACAAACCGGCAGCAGCAAUCGUUUCACCAAAAUGCUACGAAGCCAAACGAUCGGCCGCCUUGGACGGUUCCCUGGUGCAUGAGCUGGUCGUCCCCAGAAAAUCUGCCGGAACGUGGAAAAUGUUGAUGAAUGAUCUGUGUCGAGUCACUCUUAACGAGGGUCCUCAGGUAGGCGAUUUAAACAUGUGGAACCUGCAGAAUCCACGAGAGCACUUCUACUCCGGAAAGACGCGUCAACUGCACGCAUCUCACCUGAAAGCAGGUGAUCGGCUUUGGAGCUGUUUACCACAUCUACGUCCGAUGGCCACCUUUGUCGCAGAUUCGUUGGCCGAUUAUGGCAUCGAUAAGGAUGGAGGUGCCCUACACGAUGUCAUUGGGACGAGGUGUGAUGAUUAUACGUUCAAGUUGAUAACCGGUCGCGAUCGUUUCGGCAGCUGCCAUAGCUAUCUACGCGAAGCCAUUAAGGAACACGGUCUGGAUGAGUCGUAUGUACACGAUGUGUGGAAUAUUUUCAUGUGCACAGGAUUUACAAGGGAUACUCAUCAAUAUUUCUGCAAACCUAGUCCAGCUCGGAAGGGAGAUUACAUUGAAUUUGUAGCAGAAAUGGAUCUUUUGGUAGCCCUCAGUGCUUGUCCUCAAGGAGAUGUCUCUAUAGUGGUGGGUGAGGAAGUACCCGAUAAUAAAUGUUUUCCAUUGAAGGUGCAAGUUUACCGACCGUGAUCAGAAUCUCUUGCAGAUUUAUAAUACCGUAUUGACAAAAUAGUGACAAAAUAUAUUUUUAUUUAAUCUUUUCUCA